UUCUCACAAGUUCACAUCUCUUUCCAACAAUGGCAUCUUUCACGAUUUGUUUGUGUUGAAUACGUGACAAAGUUUAAAUUUACAGGAUAAGAAACAAAAUUGUGGAAUAAGAAAAAGGCACAUAACAAAACAUGGGAGUACCAGCAUUCUUCCGGUGGCUCAGCCGCAAAUAUCCAAGUGUGAUCGUAGAAUGCAUCGAGCAAAGACCUCAGGAUGUGGACGGUGAGUUGGUGUACUCAGACUCCUCGUUGCCGAAUCCUAAUGGGGUGGAAUUUGACAAUUUGUACCUGGACAUGAACGGGAUCAUCCACCCGUGCACGCACCCUGAAGACAAGCCGGCGCCGAAAGACGAGGACGAGAUGAUGGUGGCCAUCUUCGAGUGCAUCGACCGCCUGUUCCGCAUCGUGCGCCCGCGCAAGCUGCUUUACAUGGCCAUUGACGGUGUGGCCCCAAGAGCUAAAAUGAACCAGCAGCGCUCCCGUCGUUUCCGCGCCUCUAAGGAGACCCAGGAGAAGAUUGAGGAAGUGGCUCGCAUCCGCUCAGAGCUGCUUGCCAAGGGUGCUUACUUGCCCCCUGAGAGGCCUAAGGAAGCACAUUUUGAUUCCAACUGUAUUACACCGGGGACACCCUUCAUGGACCGACUCAGCAAAUGCUUACAUUAUUACAUUCAUGACAGAUUAAAUAAUGACCCUGGCUGGAAGGGCAUUAAAGUGAUCCUCUCAGAUGCCAAUGUCCCAGGAGAGGGUGAACACAAGAUUAUGGACUACAUUCGCAGACAGAGAGCGCAACCAGACCACGAUCCUAACACGCAGCACGUCCUAUGCGGCGCCGACGCCGACCUCAUCAUGUUGGGGCUCGCAACACACGAGCCUAAUUUCACCAUCAUCCGCGAAGAGUUCAAGCCUAACAAGCCACGCCCUUGCGAUAUAUGUGGCCAGCUGGGUCACGAAAUGAAAGAAUGCACAGGCAGCACCCCGGAAGCGGCGCUCGUCCGCUCCGACCCCGCCUUCGGCAACCAGGACUCCUUCAUCUUCGUCCGCCUCUCCGUCCUGCGAGAAUACCUGGAGAAGGAACUCCAGAUGCCCAACCUACCCUUCCCAUAUGACUUCGAGAGAGCACUCGAUGAUUGGGUGUUCAUGUGCUUCUUCGUUGGAAAUGAUUUUUUGCCGCAUCUACCGAGCUUGGAGAUCAGAGAGGGGGCGGUUGACAGAUUGGUUAAUCUGUAUAAGAAGUGCGUUUUUAAGACUAGGGGUUGGAUCACAGACUCCGGCGACGUGAACCUGGACCGCGUGCAGCUCAUCAUGGACGAGCUCGGGCAGGUGGAGGACGAGAUCUUCCGCCGCCGGCACGCCAACGAGCUCAACUUCAAAGCCCGGGAGAAGGCCAAGAAGAGGCAGCAGCAGCGGCCCAACUUUAACAUGCUUAACAAUACACAGUUUGCUCCUAUGGCCGUGGUGGGUUAUGGAACAUCCACCAAGCCGGUGCAGAACGCUCGCGAAGAAGCCGCCAACAUGCGCCGCGCCGGCAUGCAGGCCGAGGCUCAACAAGAGACUGAACAACGUGGCCGCAAGCGCACAGCCGAGGCCGCCGGGCUGGAUGAGGAAGAGGAUGAUGCUCAUGAUGAGGUCCGCCUCUGGGAGGAGGGCUUCAAGGAGCGCUACUAUGAGAGCAAGUUCGAAGUGGCCAGUGAUAACCUUGAGUUCAGGUACCGCGUGGCGCUGCAGUACGUGCGCGGGCUGUGCUGGGUGCUGCGCUACUACUACCAGGGCUGCGCGUCCUGGAAGUGGUACUUCCCCUACCACUACGCGCCCUUCGCCUCCGACUUCGUCAACGUGGCCGGCCUCUCCACCCGCUUCGAGACGGGCACGCAACCCUUCCGGCCGCUGGAGCAGCUGAUGGGCGUGUUCCCGGCCGCCAGCUCGCAGCACGUGCCGAAGCCGUGGGCCACGCUGAUGAGCGACCCGUUCUCGCCGAUCAUCGACUUCUACCCGACGGACUUCAAGAUCGACCUGAACGGCAAGAAGUUCGCGUGGCAAGGCGUGGCCUUACUGCCCUUCGUGGACGAGACCAGGCUCUUUAAAGCAUUGGAGCCUUACUACAAGGAGCUUACCCAGACUGAAAUAAAACGCAACAUCCGUGGCCACGACCGCUUGUACGUCUCCACCGGCAACAAGAGCUACGAAUACCUCCUCGGCCUCUACAAGGCGGCUGGCAAGGACCUACGCCACCUCAUAGACAAGGAGCAGAGAUACCCGUACCGGUGCGAGGGAGUGAGAGGAGACGUGAUGCUCAGUGCCGACUGCGUUUGCAUUGGCGGCCAACUGGCGUCACCUGUCAUCGGCCUGCCGCCUGUGCUGGGCAACCAGGCGGUCUGCGUCCGUUUCCAAGACCCUCAGUUCCCCGAGGACUUCAUCUUCCCUGCGAGGAGACUUCAGGGCGCCAUAGAACCUGGACGGGUGUUGAAGCCAGGAGACCUGUCCCACCAGGAGAACAGGAACUGGAGGCCUCAGAUAGGCAUGGUGCGCUCGAACACGGUGGCCAGCCUGGAGGCGGCCGGGCGCCGCAUGCUGGGCCACCACCUGCCGCGCGACCAGCACCAGCAGCGCGCCUACGGCAGCGUGCCGCCGCCGCAACACCAACACCGUAACUACCAUCCUCCACCCUGCACAGGCAUGCUGCGCUCGAACACGGUGGCCAGCCUGGAGGCGGCCGGGCGCCGCAUGCUGGGCCACCACCUGCCGCGCGACCAGCACCAGCAGCGCGCCUACGGCAGCGUGCCGCCGCCGCAACACCAACACCGUAACUACCGUCCUCCACCCUGCACAGGCAUGCUGCGCUCGAACACGGUGGCCAGCCUGGAGGCGGCCGGGCGCCGCAUGCUGGGCCACCACCUGCCGCGCGACCAGCACCAGCAGCGCGCCUACGGCAGCGUGCCGCCGCCGCAACACCAACACCAUCGCUCACAAUCAGGCCCAGCCGCGGCCGGGCCCCAUCGCGGCGGCUAUGUAGCCUUCAACCAGCAGGGCUACAACCAGGGCUACCCUAGCCAAAGCCAAGGCUAUCCCAGCCAGAACCAAGGCUACCCUAGCCAAAACCAGGGUUUUAACCGGCAGAACCAGGGCUAUCAACAAAGGGAUCGGUUCGGGAACCAGCAGGGAGGAUAUCAGCAAAACAGGUACAACCAAGGUUACCAGCAAAGACAGGAUGGAUACCAGCAGCAACAAGGCGGCAAUCAAAGAUACAACCAGAACCAGAGGCAGGGUUACUCCCAAGGGCAGAGUCAAGGGUACAGCUCCAGGCAAAGCCAGGGUCGCUCCACGUGGCGAUAAUGUGCCUAGUCACUAAGUAAAUAGAGUUUAUUUUCAUUUGAACAAACACUGAAUCUUUGGGUUUGGUUUGGGGCUAGGUCAUGCAAUAUUCUGAAUACAUUUGCUGACAUUGAUUUGAAUUCAUUGAAAUGAAUGUAGGUCACAGAAUUCAUCAAAUAAUAAUAAAUUUCUAAUGAAACAAACUAUUGAAGCUGAAUAGUGAAUAACCUUUCUAUGUGUCACUAAAACCAAUGUAAGUAAUAAAAACAGAAUUGUAAAAAUAAUAAUAAUAAGAUGAAUAAGGAUAUCUGAUAUCACAAUAUCGUUGAUGUUAUUGUUAUUAAAUGUGGCCCUUGCUAAUUGGUUUAUUUUUAAGGAAAAUGUUUUCGAUUGUUUUGAAACUAUUCCUUGAAAUAAAUUGUCGAUAAACAGUUUGCAUCCUUUACUUUAGUAAGAAAUUAAUACAAAACUUAUAUGACUUAUAAGAAAUACCUACUUCUACGAACUGUGUUUAAACUUUAUUAUAAGCCAAUUUCGUGAAGACUGAUGAUUCUAUUGAGUUUACACAAACUACUUUUUAUAAUAUGUAUUUAGAAAGAUUAUUUUCUUUAUUGUAACCAUUACAAUGACCGCUUGUAUUAUUUCGUUUUAAACCAAUGUCUCGAUGAUUUACUACAGUAAUGAUAAAAUGUAUAAUAUGUUAAAUGAUUGAAAAGAUAUUCAACACAAACCUAAAUAAAAGACUUGACACUGA